AUGACAAAGGCUGUAAUGGUGAGGUGUUACCUGCUCUGUUUACUAACUCUUACACUCUGUUGUGCUUGUGGGUUAGUAUGGGCUGAUAGUCCUAAAGCUUCCAAUGCCCUUAUUAAACCUUCCACUAUUGGUGUUCCUUCUCUUGUUCAUCAUGCUAUUCCUGCGCUUCUUAUCCCUUCUAACGAUAAAGAGUGUAAUUUGAGGAGGGACGUGGGGUUAGAUGUUGAUGACGAUGAGGAAGGAGCUGAAGAAAACGAUGACGAUGAGGAGGUUGAUCUAAAAACUCGUGAUCCUGCUAGUGGUGCUUCUUGCUCUACCGAUACUGAUGGUAGAAAUUGUGCCUCUGGUGGUCACGCUGUUUCUCGUUCUCUCACUGAAGAAGCUGUUCAUGCUGCUAUUAUUCCGCAAGGUGGCCAACACCAACAAUCACCUCAUUCUCCUCCACAUCCUCUUCAUGAACCUGAACGUGGUGUCCCUUGCACUCCUAAUUCUUCUGCAUCUUGUCCUCUGCCUAAACCGCCAGAAAAGCCUCUUCCAUCUGUACUGAAAGAACCUGAACCUAACGUUCCUCUUGGUUCUGUGGAGGCACAUCCUCGUGAGGACAAACCCGGUACUCCUGCUAUUGUUGAUGAUGCCUCAACCAGCUCUCCAAAGGAAGACCGUCAAGGUAUGAAUGGUGAUAAAGGUGAAGUCGAUGUUGCUGCUUCAGCACCUGAAGCUGAAGGUACAACUGGACGGGGGAGCAACAGUACCGCAGAUAACCAGGGAACUGCGGGAAAACAACCUUCUCAUUCUUCUUCUGUCAAUUCGGACACAGUAAAUACCAGUGGUUCUGAAGCCACUACGGCUGGGAGUGGCAUUACACCCAGUGAAUCAACAAAUACCCAAGAAGGUAAUGUGGGAAAUACAGAAACCACCACCACCACCACAACACUUCCUCCUGAACUCACAAACAACAAGAAGGGUGAUGCAGACAGCAGCAGCAGUAUCAGCAGUUCUGUGUGGGUGUGUGUACCACUACUGAUUGUGGUUACACUGGCCUGUAUUCUUGUGUGCUGA